GAGAGAGAGAGAGAGAGUCUCCUCCAUGUUGUAGGUGAGACUCCUCUUUUUCUUCUACCUUCAAAGUGAAAGUGAAAAUCAGCAGGUUGUUUUUGUGACGAAGAAAAAUCAUGAAACUCUUUCGGAAUAAAAUCACAAAGCAGCAACAGACACAGGAUGAAGUUACGUUUAUAAUAUAAAACAUUUGACUUUUUGCUAUAAUGUCUCGGGAGUGUGAGAAACUCCAGAUCGCUGAAAUGAAUCUACAAGAGGAGCAACACAAGAGUGGAUCUGAGAAAAGGCCAGACUCCCCUGUGUCCAGCUGUGUGUCUCUCAAGAGUGACAAAUCAAUGCCAAUCCCUCUCAACUUUAAAGGUGGAACAUCUUCUAUGGAAAGUGGAACUGAGAAACGGCCAGACUCUCCUGUGUCCAGCUGUGUGUCUUUCAAGAGUGACAAUUCAAUGCCACUCCCUCUCAACUUUACAGGUGGAACAUCCUCUAUAGAAAGUGGAACUGGGAAAAGGCCAGACUCCCCUGUGCCCAGCUAUGUUUCUUUCAAGAGUGACACUUCAAUGCCAGUCCCUCUCAACUUUACAGGUGGAACAUCCUCUAUGAAAAGUGGAUCUGAGAAAAGGCAAAACUCCCCUGUGCCCAGCUGUGAGUCUUUCAAGAUGGAAAGACGGAAUUCCUCCUCAUCUACACAGCCAAAGCAUCCAACUCGUACUGACAAAAAGAAAGAAAAACACUCCAAGGAAAGAGACGACCCUGAGAAAGCAUUUGUAAGAAGUCUCCCAUUAGAUAAGAAGAUUCCAGACUUCCUUCACAACAUCUUUAUGGAUCUAGAAAAUAAAAUGAUUGUAUUUAUAAAACAUGAGCUGGAGAUGUUUAAGAAGUUUCUAAGAAAAGAAAACACAAAAUAUUACCAAGAUGUGAGGGAUGAUCUGUGGAGUGUUAAAGAAGCAGCUCUUGAUAUGGCAUUGUACUUUCUGAAGUUGAUGGAACACAAUGACCUCGCUGAUGCACUCCAAGAUGCACUAAUAGGAUUUCAGCAGCGUGCACUCAAAUCAAACCUGGGUGAGAAGUUUCAUCAAGUAUGGGAAGGAAUUGCAAAGCAAGGAGAGUCCAACAUUCUCAACAAGAUCUACACAGAUCUGUACAUCACUGCAGGUGGAGUUCGACAAAUGAAUAAACAACAUGAAGUGAGACAAAUUGAAAAGCAAAAAACUAGUGUGAAAGCUGAAGAAACUCAAAUGGAGCAAGAGGAACAAAUUGAAAAGACUAGUGUAAAAACUGAAGAAACUAAAAUGGAGCAAGAACAGCAGAUUGAAUGCAAGAACAUGUUCAAACCAUCACCUGGAGAAGAAAAACCCAUCAGAACUGUGGUGACACAGGGGGUCGCUGGUAUCGGAAAAUCCAUCUGUGUGCAGAAGUUUGUUCUAGACUGGGCUGAAGGGAAAGAAUAUCAGGACAUCAAGUUCAUAUUGCCACUUCCUUUCAGAGAACUGAACCUGAAAGAUGAGAAACGCAGUUUGAGGGACAUCAUCUAUCAAUUUUUCCCUUCAACAAAAGGAAUGAGAUUAACAGAUAAGUAUAAAGUCAUGUUCAUCUUUGAUGGCCUGGAUGAGUGUCGACUUCCUCUAACAUUCCAUAAAAACCAGAAAUUGACUGAUGUAACAGAAAAAGCCUCACUGGACACUAUAAUGACAAACCUCAUUGAAGGAAAUCUGCUUCCAUCUGCUCUCAUCUGGAUAACCACUCGACCAGCAGCAGCUGCUAAGAUCCCUGCUGAACAUGUGGACCGGGUCACAGAGGUGCGUGGCUUCAAUGAUGUACAAAAGGUGGAGUACUUCAGGAAGAAAAUCAGUGUUGAGAGUCUGGCCAACAGAAUCAUUGAUCAUAUUAAAGGAUCAAGAAGCCUCUUCAUCAUGUGUCAUAUUCCAGUCUUCUGCUGGAUUUCAGCCACUGUACUUGAGAGGAUUUUGGGAAGAUCAGACAGUGAAGACAUUCCACAGACUCUGACGGAGAUGUACACAUGUUUUCUGAUCUUUCAGACCGUACAGGGGGACAAGAAAUACAAUAGAAAUAAUGCCUCAGACAUUCCGUGGGAUAAAGAGGGAAUUCUUUCAUUGGGAAAGCUUGCCUUUAUUCACCUGGAAAAAAACAACCUGAUUUUCUAUGCAGAAGAUCUAAAAGCCUGUGGAAUUGACCCCAGUAACCUAGCAGUGUACUCAGGAGUGUGCACUCAGGAGACUGGCAGAUUUCUAGGCACAGUUUUCAGCUUUGUGCAUCUCAGCAUUCAGGAGUUCAUUGCUGCUUUGUUUACAUAUACAUGUGUCCGAAAUGAAAACAAGAAUGUUUUUGAUCAAUCAGAAGAGAGAAAAGAAACACAACUUAUUGAUUUUCUAAAGAUUACAGUGGACAAGGCUUUGAAGAGUGAAAAUGGACACUUGGAUCUUUUCCUCCGCUUCCUUCUGGGCCUCUCAGUGGAGUCUAAUCAGAAGCUCAUUCGAGGUCUACUGACACACACAGGAAGCAGCUCUGACUGCAGAAAGGACAUAGUUAAAUACAUCAAGUUCAAGUUUGAACAAAAUCCAUCUCCAGAGAGAUUAAUCAAUCUGUUCUACUGUCUGAACGAGUUAAAUGAUGAUUCACUGGUGAAAGAGAUCCAAAGCUACAUGAACUCAGGUCGUCUCUCUGAAGCUGAACUCUCACCUGCUCAGUGGUCUGCUCUGGUCUUUGUGUUGCUGACCUCAGAGGAGAAUCUGGAAGUGUUUGACCUACAGAAGUUUAUAAGAUCAGAUGAAUGCUUUAAGAGACUGUUACCAGUCGUCCAGGAAGCUACAACAGUUCUUCUCAGUGAGUGUAACCUGACAGAGAGAAGCUGCUGGGCUUUACACACAGUUCUCAGCUCAGAAUCCUCCAAGCUGACUGAGGUGGAUCUGAGCAGUAAUCCUCUGGAGGACUCAGGAGUGAAGCUGCUUUGUGCUGGACUGAAGAGUCCAAACUGUAAACUGGAGAAACUCAGGUCAGCUCUGAAAUCAUCUCACCUGAUAGAGCUGGAUCUCAGAGGGAACGACCCUGGAGCAUCAGGAGUGAAGCUGCUCACGGAUUUACUACAGGAUCCAGACUGUACACUGAACACACUGAGCUUGUUAAAAAGUCCUGAUGCAGUGAAGGCCUGUGAUUCUCUGACUGAGGUUCUGGGUAAAAACCCCUUACUGCAGAGAGAACUGGAUCUGAGUGGAAAAAUAAAAGGAGACUCAGGAGUGAAGCAGCUCUCUGCUCUACUGAAGGAUCCACACUGCAGAACUGAGACACUGAUGCUAAAGGACUGUAGUAUUACAGAAGAAGGCUGUUCUGCUUUGACUUCAUCUUUUCAUUCAAAUCCUGCACACAUAAGAGAGAUGGAUCUGAGUGAGAAUAAAUUUGGAAACUCUGGAGUGCAGAAGCUUUGUGCACUGCUGCAACAUCAGUCCUGUAACCUGCAGAUACUGAGACUUUCAGACUGCAGUAUAACAGAGGAAGGAUACACUGCUCUGGCUGAAGCUCUGAAAUCAUCUCACCUGAUAGAGCUGGAUCUCAGAGGGAACGACCCUGGAGCAUCAGGAGUGAAGCUGCUCACUGAUUUACUACAGGAUCCAGACUGUACACUGAACACACUGAGAUUGUUGAAAAGUCCUGAAGCAGAAGAAGCUUUUAAACAUCUGAAUGAAGUUCUAGAUACAAACCCUUUAUUACAGACAGAUCUGAAUCUGAGUGGAAAAAUAAAAGGAGACUCAGGAGUGAAGCAGCUCUCUGUUCUACUGAAGGAUUCACACUGCAGAGCUGAGACACUGAUGCUUAUUAAAUGUGGUCUAAUGAUGGAAAGCUGUAUAACUCUGGCAGAAGUUCUCAGUUCUCCGCUCUGUUUUCUAACUGAGUUGGACCUGAGUGAAAACAGCCUACAGAAUUCAGGUGUGAUGGAAUUAUCUAAAGGACUCAAGGAUCCAUGCUGUAAUCUGAAGAUAUUAAGACUUUCAGACUGCAGUAUAACAGAGGAAGGAUACACUGCUCUGGCUGAAGCUCUGAAAUCAUCUCACCUGAUAGAGCUGGAUCUCAGAGGGAACGACCCUGGAGCAUCAGGAGUGAAAAAGCUUGAUGAUAUCCAAAAUAAUCCAAAUUACAAACUGGAGACACUUAGGUUGUUGAAAAGCUCUGCUGCACAGGAGGCCUGUGAUUGGCUAAAUUCAGUUGUAGAUGAAAACUCUUUACUCCUAAAAGAGCUGGAUCUGAGCAGGAAGGAAACAGGAGACUCAGGAGUGGAGAAGCUCUCGGCUCUGAUGGAAGACUCACACUGUAAAUUUCAGAAAAUUAAACUUUCAGACUGCAGUAUAACAGAGGAAGGAUACACUGCUCUGGCUGAAGCUCUGAAAUCAUCUCACCUGAUAGAGCUGGAUCUCAGAGGGAACGACCCUGGAGCAUCAGGAGUGAAGCUGCUCACUGAUUUACUACAGGAUCCAGACUGUACACUGAACACACUGAGCUUGUUAAAAAGUCCUGAUGCAGUGAAGGCCUGUGAUUCUCUGACUGAGGUUCUGGGUAAAAACCCCUUACUGCAGAGAGAACUGGAUCUGAGUGGAAAAAUAAAAGGAGACUCAGGAGUGAAGCAGCUCUCUGCUCUACUGAAGGAUCCACACUGCAGAACUGAGACACUGAUGCUAAAGGACUGUAGUAUUACAGAAGAAGGCUGUUCUGCUUUGACUUCAUCUUUUCAUUCAAAUCCUGCACACAUAAGAGAGAUGGAUCUGAGUGAGAAUAAAUUUGGAAACUCUGGAGUGCAGAAGCUUUGUGCACUGCUGCAACAUCAGUCCUGUAACCUGCAGAUACUGAGACUUUCAGACUGCAGUAUAACAGAGGAAGGAUACACUGCUCUGGCUGAAGCUCUGAAAUCAUCUCACCUGAUAGAGCUGGAUCUCAGAGGGAACGACCCUGGAGCAUCAGGAGUGAAGCUGCUCACUGAUUUACUACAGGAUCCAGACUGUACACUGAACACACUGAGAUUGUUGAAAGGUCCUGAAGCAGAAGAAGCUUUUAAACAUCUGAAUAAAGUUCUAGAUACAAACCCUUUAUUACAGACAGAUCUGAAUCUGAGUGGAAAAAUAAAAGGAGACUCAGGAGUGAAGCAGCUCUCUGCUCUACUGAAGGAUUCACACUGCAGAGCUGAGACACUGAUGCUUAUUAAAUGUGGUCUAAUGAUGGAAAGCUGUAUAACUCUGGCAGAAGUUCUCAGUUCUCCGCUCUGUUUUCUAACUGAGUUGGACCUGAGUGAAAACAGCCUACAGAAUUCAGGUGUGAUGGAAUUAUCUAAAGGACUCAAGGAUCCAUGCUGUAAUCUGAAGAUAUUAAGACUUUCAGACUGCAGUAUAACAGAGGAAGGAUACACUGCUCUGGCUGAAGCUCUGAAAUCAUCUCACCUGAUAGAGCUGGAUCUCAGAGGGAACGACCCUGGAGCAUCAGGAGUGAAAAAGCUUGAUGAUAUCCAAAAUAAUCCAAAUUACAAACUGGAGACACUUAGGUUGUUGAAAAGCUCUGCUGCACAGGAGGCCUGUGAUUGGCUAAAUUCAGUUGUAGAUGAAAACUCUUUACUCCUAAAAGAGCUGGAUCUGAGCAGGAAGGAAACAGGAGACUCAGGAGUGGAGAAGCUCUCGGCUCUGAUGGAAGACUCACACUGUAAAUUUCAGAAAAUUAAACUUUCAGACUGCAGUAUAACAGAGGAAGGAUACACUGCUCUGGCUGAAGCUCUGAAAUCAUCUCACCUGAUAGAGCUGGAUCUCAGAGGGAACGACCCUGGAGCAUCAGGAGUGAAGCUGCUCACUGAUUUACUACAGGAUCCAGACUGUACACUGAACACACUGAGCUUGUUAAAAAGUCCUGAUGCAGUGAAGGCCUGUGAUUCUCUGACUGAGGUUCUGGGUAAAAACCCCUUACUGCAGAGAGAACUGGAUCUGAGUGGAAAAAUAAAAGGAGACUCAGGAGUGAAGCAGCUCUCUGCUCUACUGAAGGAUUCACACUGCAGAACUGAGACACUGAUGCUAAAGGACUGUAGUAUUACAGAAGAAGGCUGUUCUGCUUUGACUUCAUCUUUUCAUUCAAAUCCUGCACACAUAAGAGAGAUGGAUCUGAGUGAGAAUAAAUUUGGAAACUCUGGAGUGCAGAAGCUUUGUGCACUGCUGCAACAUCAGUCCUGUAACCUGCAGAUACUGAGACUUUCAGACUGCAGUAUAACAGAGGAAGGAUACACUGCUCUGGCUGAAGCUCUGAAAUCAUCUCACCUGAUAGAGCUGGAUCUCAGAGGGAACGACCCUGGAGCAUCAGGAGUGAAGCUGCUCACUGAUUUACUACAGGAUCCAGACUGUACACUGAACACACUGAGAUUGUUGAAAAGUCCUGAAGCAGAAGAAGCUUUUAAACAUCUGAAUAAAGUUCUAGAUACAAACCCUUUAUUACAGACAGAUCUGAAUCUGAGUGGAAAAAUAAAAGGAGACUCAGGAGUGAAGCAGCUCUCUGUUCUACUGAAGGAUUCACACUGCAGAGCUGAGACACUGAUGCUUAUUAAAUGUGGUCUAAUGAUGGAAAGCUGUAUAACUCUGGCAGAAGUUCUCAGUUCUCCGCUCUGUUUUCUAACUGAGUUGGACCUGAGUGAAAACAGCCUACAGAAUUCAGGUGUGAUGGAAUUAUCUAAAGGACUCAAGGAUCCAUGCUGUAAUCUGAAGAUAUUAAGACUUUCAGACUGCAGUAUAACAGAGGAAGGAUACACUGCUCUGGCUGAAGCUCUGAAAUCAUCUCACCUGAUAGAGCUGGAUCUCAGAGGGAACGACCCUGGAGCAUCAGGAGUGAAAAAGCUUGAUGAUAUCCAAAAUAAUCCAAAUUACAAACUGGAGACACUUAGGUUGUUGAAAAGCUCUGCUGCACAGGAGGCCUGUGAUUGGCUAAAUUCAGUUGUAGAUGAAAACUCUUUACUCCUAAAAGAGCUGGAUCUGAGCAGGAAGGAAACAGGAGACUCAGGAGUGGAGAAGCUCUCGGCUCUGAUGGAAGACUCACACUGUAAAUUUCAGAAAAUUAAACUUUCAGACUGCAGUAUAACAGAGGAAGGAUACACUGCUCUGGCUGAAGCUCUGAAAUCAUCUCACCUGAUAGAGCUGGAUCUCAGAGGGAACGACCCUGGAGCAUCAGGAGUGAAGCUGCUCACUGAUUUACUACAGGAUCCAGACUGUACACUGAACACACUGAGCUUGUUAAAAAGUCCUGAUGCAGUGAAGGCCUGUGAUUCUCUGACUGAGGUUCUGGGUAAAAACCCCUUACUGCAGAGAGAACUGGAUCUGAGUGGAAAAAUAAAAGGAGACUCAGGAGUGAAGCAGCUCUCUGCUCUACUGAAGGAUCCACACUGCAGAACUGAGACACUGAUGCUAAAGGACUGUAGUAUUACAGAAGAAGGCUGUUCUGCUUUGACUUCAUCUUUUCAUUCAAAUCCUGCACACAUAAGAGAGAUGGAUCUGAGUGAGAAUAAAUUUGGAAACUCUGGAGUGCAGAAGCUUUGUGCACUGCUGCAACAUCAGUCCUGUAACCUGCAGAUACUGAGACUUUCAGACUGCAGUAUAACAGAGGAAGGAUACACUGCUCUGGCUGAAGCUCUGAAAUCAUCUCACCUGAUAGAGCUGGAUCUCAGAGGGAACGACCCUGGAGCAUCAGGAGUGAAGCUGCUCACUGAUUUACUACAGGAUCCAGACUGUACACUGAACACACUGAGAUUGUUGAAAGGUCCUGAAGCAGAAGAAGCUUUUAAACAUCUGAAUAAAGUUCUAGAUACAAACCCUUUAUUACAGACAGAUCUGAAUCUGAGUGGAAAAAUAAAAGGAGACUCAGGAGUGAAGCAGCUCUCUGCUCUACUGAAGGAUUCACACUGCAGAGCUGAGACACUGAUGCUUAUUAAAUGUGGUCUAAUGAUGGAAAGCUGUAUAACUCUGGCAGAAGUUCUCAGUUCUCCGCUCUGUUUUCUAACUGAGUUGGACCUGAGUGAAAACAGCCUACAGAAUUCAGGUGUGAUGGAAUUAUCUAAAGGACUCAAGGAUCCAUGCUGUAAUCUGAAGAUAUUAAGACUUUCAGACUGCAGUAUAACAGAGGAAGGAUACACUGCUCUGGCUGAAGCUCUGAAAUCAUCUCACCUGAUAGAGCUGGAUCUCAGAGGGAACGACCCUGGAGCAUCAGGAGUGAAAAAGCUUGAUGAUAUCCAAAAUAAUCCAAAUUACAAACUGGAGACACUUAGGUUGUUGAAAAGCUCUGCUGCACAGGAGGCCUGUGAUUGGCUAAAUUCAGUUGUAGAUGAAAACUCUUUACUCCUAAAAGAGCUGGAUCUGAGCAGGAAGGAAACAGGAGACUCAGGAGUGGAGAAGCUCUCGGCUCUGAUGGAAGACUCACACUGUAAAUUUCAGAAAAUUAAUCUCAGUGAGUGUAACCUGACAGAGAGAAGCUGCUCGAUUUUACACACAGUUCUCAGCUCAGAAUCCUCCAAGCUGACUGAGGUGGAUCUGAGCAGUAAUCCUCUGGAGGACUCAGGAGUGAAGCUGCUUUGUGCUGGACUGAAGAGUCCAAACUGUGAACUGGAGACACUCAGACUUUCAGACUGCAGUAUAACAGAGGAAGGAUACACUGCUCUGGCUGAAGCUCUGAAAUCAUCUCACCUGAUAGAGCUGGAUCUCAGAGGGAACGACCCUGGAGCAUCAGGAGUGAAGCUGCUCACUGAUUUACUACAGGAUCCAGACUGUACACUGAACACACUGAGCUUGUUAAAAAGUCCUGAUGCAGUGAAGGCCUGUGAUUCUCUGACUGAGGUUCUGGGUAAAAACCCCUUACUGCAGAGAGAACUGGAUCUGAGUGGAAAAAUAAAAGGAGACUCAGGAGUGAAGCAGCUCUCUGCUCUACUGAAGGAUCCACACUGCAGAACUGAGACACUGAUGCUAAAGGACUGUAGUAUUACAGAAGAAGGCUGUUCUGCUUUGACUUCAUCUUUUCAUUCAAAUCCUGCACACAUAAGAGAGAUGGAUCUGAGUGAGAAUAAAUUUGGAAACUCUGGAGUGCAGAAGCUUUGUGCACUGCUGCAACAUCAGUCCUGUAACCUGCAGAUACUGAGACUUUCAGACUGCAGUAUAACAGAGGAAGGAUACACUGCUCUGGCUGAAGCUCUGAAAUCAUCUCACCUGAUAGAGCUGGAUCUCAGAGGGAACGACCCUGGAGCAUCAGGAGUGAAGCUGCUCACUGAUUUACUACAGGAUCCAGACUGUACACUGAACACACUGAGAUUGUUGAAAGGUCCUGAAGCAGAAGAAGCUUUUAAACAUCUGAAUAAAGUUCUAGAUACAAACCCUUUAUUACAGACAGAUCUGAAUCUGAGUGGAAAAAUAAAAGGAGACUCAGGAGUGAAGCAGCUCUCUGCUCUACUGAAGGAUUCACACUGCAGAGCUGAGACACUGAUGCUUAUUAAAUGUGGUCUAAUGAUGGAAAGCUGUAUAACUCUGGCAGAAGUUCUCAGUUCUCCGCUCUGUUUUCUAACUGAGUUGGACCUGAGUGAAAACAGCCUACAGAAUUCAGGUGUGAUGGAAUUAUCUAAAGGACUCAAGGAUCCAUGCUGUAAUCUGAAGAUAUUAAGACUUUCAGACUGCAGUAUAACAGAGGAAGGAUACACUGCUCUGGCUGAAGCUCUGAAAUCAUCUCACCUGAUAGAGCUGGAUCUCAGAGGGAACGACCCUGGAGCAUCAGGAGUGAAAAAGCUUGAUGAUAUCCAAAAUAAUCCAAAUUACAAACUGGAGACACUUAGGUUGUUGAAAAGCUCUGCUGCACAGGAGGCCUGUGAUUGGCUAAAUUCAGUUGUAGAUGAAAACUCUUUACUCCUAAAAGAGCUGGAUCUGAGCAGGAAGGAAACAGGAGACUCAGGAGUGGAGAAGCUCUCGGCUCUGAUGGAAGACUCACACUGUAAAUUUCAGAAAAUUAAUCUCAGUGAGUGUAACCUGACAGAGAGAAGCUGCUCGAUUUUACACACAGUUCUCAGCUCAGAAUCCUCCAAGCUGACUGAGGUGGAUCUGAGCAGUAAUCCUCUGGAGGACUCAGGAGUGAAGCUGCUUUGUGCUGGACUGAAGAGUCCAAACUGUGAACUGGAGACACUCAGACUUUCAGACUGCAGUAUAACAGAGGAAGGAUACACUGCUCUGGCUGAAGCUCUGAAAUCAUCUCACCUGAUAGAGCUGGAUCUCAGAGGGAACGACCCUGGAGCAUCAGGAGUGAAGCUGCUCACUGAUUUACUACAGGAUCCAGACUGUACACUGAACACACUGAGCUUGUUAAAAAGUCCUGAUGCAGUGAAGGCCUGUGAUUCUCUGACUGAGGUUCUGGGUAAAAACCCCUUACUGCAGAGAGAACUGGAUCUGAGUGGAAAAAUAAAAGGAGACUCAGGAGUGAAGCAGCUCUCUGCUCUACUGAAGGAUCCACACUGCAGAACUGAGACACUGAUGCUAAAGGACUGUAGUAUUACAGAAGAAGGCUGUUCUGCUUUGACUUCAUCUUUUCAUUCAAAUCCUGCACACAUAAGAGAGAUGGAUCUGAGUGAGAAUAAAUUUGGAAACUCUGGAGUGCAGAAGCUUUGUGCACUGCUGCAACAUCAGUCCUGUAACCUGCAGAUACUGAGACUUUCAGACUGCAGUAUAACAGAGGAAGGAUACACUGCUCUGGCUGAAGCUCUGAAAUCAUCUCACCUGAUAGAGCUGGAUCUCAGAGGGAACGACCCUGGAGCAUCAGGAGUGAAGCUGCUCACUGAUUUACUACAGGAUCCAGACUGUACACUGAACACACUGAGAUUGUUGAAAGGUCCUGAAGCAGAAGAAGCUUUUAAACAUCUGAAUAAAGUUCUAGAUACAAACCCUUUAUUACAGACAGAUCUGAAUCUGAGUGGAAAAAUAAAAGGAGACUCAGGAGUGAAGCAGCUCUCUGCUCUACUGAAGGAUUCACACUGCAGAGCUGAGACACUGAUGCUUAUUAAAUGUGGUCUAAUGAUGGAAAGCUGUAUAACUCUGGCAGAAGUUCUCAGUUCUCCGCUCUGUUUUCUAACUGAGUUGGACCUGAGUGAAAACAGCCUACAGAAUUCAGGUGUGAUGGAAUUAUCUAAAGGACUCAAGGAUCCAUGCUGUAAUCUGAAGAUAUUAAGACUUUCAGACUGCAGUAUAACAGAGGAAGGAUACACUGCUCUGGCUGAAGCUCUGAAAUCAUCUCACCUGAUAGAGCUGGAUCUCAGAGGGAACGACCCUGGAGCAUCAGGAGUGAAAAAGCUUGAUGAUAUCCAAAAUAAUCCAAAUUACAAACUGGAGACACUUAGGUUGUUGAAAAGCUCUGCUGCACAGGAGGCCUGUGAUUGGCUAAAUUCAGUUGUAGAUGAAAACUCUUUACUCCUAAAAGAGCUGGAUCUGAGCAGGAAGGAAACAGGAGACUCAGGAGUGGAGAAGCUCUCGGCUCUGAUGGAAGACUCACACUGUAAAUUUCAGAAAAUUAAUCUCAGUGAGUGUAACCUGACAGAGAGAAGCUGCUCGAUUUUACACACAGUUCUCAGCUCAGAAUCCUCCAAGCUGACUGAGGUGGAUCUGAGCAGUAAUCCUCUGGAGGACUCAGGAGUGAAGCUGCUUUGUGCUGGACUGAAGAGUCCAAACUGUGAACUGGAGACACUCAGACUUUCAGACUGCAGUAUAACAGAGGAAGGAUACACUGCUCUGGCUGAAGCUCUGAAAUCAUCUCACCUGAUAGAGCUGGAUCUCAGAGGGAACGACCCUGGAGCAUCAGGAGUGAAGCUGCUCACUGAUUUACUACAGGAUCCAGACUGUACACUGAACACACUGAGAUUGUUGAAAAGUCCUGAAGCAGAAGAAGCUUUUAAACAUCUGAAUAAAGUUCUAGAUACAAACCCUUUAUUACAGACAGAUCUGAAUCUGAGUGGAAAAAUAAAAGGAGACUCAGGAGUGAAGCAGCUCUCUGUUCUACUGAAGGAUUCACACUGCAGAGCUGAGACACUGAUGCUUAUUAAAUGUGGUCUAAUGAUGGAAAGCUGUAUAACUCUGGCAGAAGUUCUCAGUUCUCCGCUCUGUUUUCUAACUGAGUUGGACCUGAGUGAAAACAGCCUACAGAAUUCAGGUGUGAUGGAAUUAUCUAAAGGACUCAAGAAUCCAUGCUGUAAUCUGAAGAUAUUAAGACUUUCAGACUGCAGUAUAACAGAGGAAGGAUACACUGCUCUGUCUGAAGCUCUGAAAUCAUCUCACCUGAUAGAGCUGGAUCUCAGAGGGAACGACCCUGGAGCAUCAGGAGUGAAAAAGCUUGAUGAUAUCCAAAAUAAUCCAAAUUACAAACUGCAGACACUUAGGUUGUUGAAAAGCUCUGCUGCACAGGAGGCCUGUGAUUGGCUAAAUUCAGUUGUAGAUGAAAACUCUUUACUCCUAAAAGAGCUGGAUCUGAGCAGGAAGGAAACAGGAGACUCAGGAGUGGAGAAGCUCUCGGCUCUGAUGGAAGACUCACACUGUAAAUUUCAGAAAAUUAAACUUUCAGACUGCAGUAUAACAGAGGAAGGAUACACUGCUCUGGCUGAAGCUCUGAAAUCAUCUCACCUGAUAGAGCUGGAUCUCAGAGGGAACGACCCUGGAGCAUCAGGAGUGAAGCUGCUCACUGAUUUACUACAGGAUCCAGACUGUACACUGAACACACUGAGGUUGUUGAAAAGCUCUGCUGCAGAGGAGGCCUGUGAUUGGCUAAAUCCAAUUUUAACUACAAACCCUUUACUCCUAAAAGAGCUGGAUCUGAGCAGGAAGGAACCAGGAGACUCAGGAGUGAAGCAGCUCUCUGCUCUGUUGGAAGACUCACACUGUAAAUUUCAGAAAAUAAAGCUGAAUAAAUGUAAUCUGACAGUGGAGAGCUGUUCAGCUUUAGCCAGCGCUCUGAAAUUACAGUCCUGUAGUGUGAGAGAUCUGGACCUGAGUAACAACAGUCUGCAGGAUCCAGGGGUCACUCAGCUUUCUGCUGGACUGAAACAUCAUCACUGUAAACUGGAGAUACUGAGGCUUAACACAUGUGAUGUAAUGGGGGAAAGCUGUUCAGCUCUAGCUGAAGUUCUCAGCUCUGAAUGUUCCCGGCUGAGAGAGCUGGACCUGAGUAACAACAGUCUGCAGGAUCCAGGGGUCACUCAGCUUUCUGCUGGACUGAAACAUCAUCACUGUAAACUGGAGAUACUGAGGCUUAAUACAUGUUCAAUAACUGAUGGAAGCAGUUCAGCUCUAGCUGAAGUUCUCAGCUCUGAAUAUUCCCGGCUGAGAGAGCUGGACCUGAGCAACAACAGUCUGCAGGAUUCAGGGGUCACUCAGCUUUCUGCUGGACUGAAGAAUCCACAGUCUGCACUCACAAUACUGAAUCUAAUGGACAAUAAUAUCAGAGAGGAAGGAUACACUGCUCUGGCUGAAGCUCUGAAAUCAUCUCACCUGAUAGAGCUGGAUCUCAGAGGGAACGACCCUGGAGCAUCAGGAGUGAAGCUGCUCACUGAUUUACUACAGGAUCCAGACUGUACACUGGACACACUGAGGUUGUUGAAAAGUUCUGCUGCACAGGAAGGCUGUGAUUUACUUUCUAGAGUUCUGGGAGUGAACCCCUUACUGCAGAGAGAACUCAAUGUGAGUGAGAAAAUAUCUGGAGACUCCCAGGUGAAGCAGCUCUCUGCUCUACUGGAGGAUUCACACUGCAGACCAGAGAUACUCAAGGUAAAUAACAGCAGGAUGACAAAUGAAGGUUGUGCUGCUCUGGCAUCAGCUCUGGGUUUAAACCCCUCACACCUGAGAGAACUGGAGCUGAGUGGGAAUAAACUGGGAGGAUCAGGAAUGAAGGAGCUCUGUGGUGUGCUGAAGAAUCAACAAUUCAAACUGCUGAAACUGGGGUUGUGUAAGUGCAGUCUCACUGAAGAUGACUGUACUGCUGUUGUAUCAGCUCUGAGAACAAACCCCUCACACCUCAAGGAGCUGGACCUGAGUCACAAUACAAUUGGAGACACAGGAAUGAAGCAGAUCUCUGAUCUACUGCAGAACUCAAACUGCACUCUGGAGACACUGAGACUAAAUAACUGUAGUCUCACACAAACACAAUGUGAUGAUCUGGCUAAAACUCUGGAAUCAAACUCCUCAUCAUCUCUGAAAGAGCUGGAUCUCAGAGGAAACUACAGGAUGUCAGGAUGGAAUAUUUUUAGAUAUUUUCUUGGGAAUUCAAACUCUAAAUUGUUUAUAAGAAUUUUGAGUCCUGAAGCAGAAGAGGUCUGUGAUUAUCUGACUAAGGUUCUGGGUACAAACCCCUUACUGCAGAGAGAACUGGAUCUGAGUGGGAAAAUAUCUGGAGACUCAGGAGUGAAGCAGCUCUCUGUUCUACUGAAGGAUCCACAGUGUAGACCUGAGAAACUCAGGCUGAAUAAGAGCAGUAUUACACACAGAGGCUGUACUGAUCUGAUAUCAGCUCUUACUUCAAACCCUUCACACCUGACAGAACUGGACCUGAGUGAGAACACACUGGGAAAUUCAGUAAUGGAUAAGAUCUCUACUCUACUAAAGAAUUCAUCCUGUAAACUCCAGAAGCUCAUACUUUCAGACUGUAAUAUAACAGAGAAAGGAUACACUGCUCUGUUUAAAGCUCUGAACUCAAACCACUCAUCACUGACAGAGCUGGACCUCAGAGGGAACGACCCUGGAGCAUCUGGACUGAUGGAGCUUAGGAAUUUAAUGAAUGAUAGAAGAUGUAAACUGAAGACACUGAGGGUGUUGAAAAGUCCUGAUGCACAGAAAGCUUCUGAUCAUCUGACUGAAGUUCUGGGUAUAAACCCGAUACUGCAGACGGAUCUGAAUCUGAGUGGGAAAAUAAAAGGAGACUCAGGAGUAGAGCAGCUCUCUGUUUUACUGAAGGAUCUACUGAAGGAUCCACACUGCAGACCUGAAACACUUCAGCUCAGUGAGUGUAAUCUGACAGAGAAAGGAUGUUCAGCUCUGCUCACAGCUCUCAGAUCAGAACACUCCACCCUGAAGGAGCUGAAUCUGAGUAAGAACAGGAUUCAGGAUUCAGGAGUGAAGCUGCUCUCUGAGGAACUGAAGAAUAAACUCUGUAAACUGGAGACUCUGAGGUGGUUGAAAAGUCCUGAUGCAGAGGAAGCCUACACGUGUCUUACUAAAAUGUUCAGUAAAACCCCUUACUGCACACGGAGCUGGAUCUGA